AUGUCGGACUUUCCACCAAACUUAUCUAUAAGACCAUUGACUAUAGAAGAUAUAGAUAAAUGUGUACAACUAGAAAAUAAAGGAUUCCCGAAAGAAGAAAGGUGUAGUGAACAAAAAUUUAAAUAUAGAUUAACUGUUGCCCCCGAACUAUGUUCAGGAUUAUUCAUAAGAGAUUAUGAUUAUAAAUAUAAUUUCAUAAAUUUACCAGAAGUUGCUGAAGAAUUAGAGAAAGCACAUGACGAAGAAGAUGAUUUAAGAGAAGAUGAAGAUUUCCCCGCUAAAUCAUCAGUUUUAAAAGAGACAUUAAUAGGUCAUAUUAUUGCAACAAAAAUUCCUGGAGAAAAAAUUACUGAAGAAUCAAUGGAAUUGGGUACACAUACUGAAAAAUCAAGGCACAUAGGUAUACAUUCAGUAGUUAUUGAUCCGACAUGGAGAGGUAAAAAUUUAGGUCCUUUAUUAUUACAUGAUUAUAUUCAAAAAUUAUCAAAUCAAGAUGUUGGUGAUCAAGUUGUUAUAAUAGCCCACAAGGAAUUGAUACCAUUUUAUGAAAAAAUUGGAUUUAAUGAUAAUGGUGAAAGUAGAUGUAAAUUUGCAGAUACAACUUGGUACGAUUUAUCAAUCGAUUUGGUAGCAAAAGAUGAUAAUUAUUAA